AUGGAGAGCAAGCCAGAUGAAAACACAAUUGCGCUUGAUAGUCGACUGCAGAACAUUUUGAACACUUUAUCCAGAUGCAAAAUUGACUUUACUAAUGAAAGUGAGGAAUGCAGGAAAUUACGAGAAGCGAAUUCUCGAUUAGAAUUAGAAUUAAGAGAAGUUCGGGAGUUAGAAAAAUCCCAUCGCUAUCAUUUAGUUUCAUCACGUGAAAUGAUUGGAAACCUUCAAGAGACAGUGUCGCAGCUGGUCUACCUCAAAAGAGAUGUCAAAAGGUUAAAAGAUCAGAUAAGCUCUAAGGAAGCUGGACUCAUUGAUUUAGAAAAGGAAAAAAAUAAUGCAUUACAGAAACAUAAUGAAAAUGUUAUUAAACUGCGGGCAGCAUAUGAGAAACAGAUUGAAGAUCUAAAAGCUGAUAGCAAAAGGGAAAUCCAACAGAUACAACAUGAGUGUGACGCGCAAGUAGCACAGUUCACAUGUGUUAUAGAAGAGCUCAAAGCUAAGAUGAGAGAAAUCGAAGCAGAGAAUAGAGAUAAGAUCAGCGUUGUAGUGUUGGAGUAUGAAGAGAAGCUACAACGGGAGGUUGCGCAAGGAGCGCAGUUACGGGAGCAGUUGGCCAGAGAGACGACCCGCACUGAUCUUAAUAUAGACGCUUAUAGAAGGCGCUUGGAAGAAUUAGAGGAGAAACUAAAACAAAGUCAGUUCAAACAAUAUUUGGAGAAUAGUUACCCUUCGCAUUUUGAAAGUCAAGUAGAGCGGCCAUAUUCUGUCAACCGGGAGUAUACAAAUUAUCAUUUAGAUAUAAAUCCUAGUCAAGACAAAGCGAAACUGCCAGUAUCAUCACAAAACAAAGCCGCAAAAUCAACUAAUUCUCUGCAAGUAAUUUAUUACGACAAUAAAACCGAUAAAACUCCAAAAACGAAGACAUGUGACAAAAAAGGCCUGUUUCACAUAACUAAAAAGAGAAAACUGUACAACGAUAAAGAAUUUCAGGAUUUCUAG